CAGCCGCGCGAGCCAGACGCAGUUGUUCCGUUGGGUUCGCCUGUGGUGCUAGCAAGCAGCAAGCAGCCGCCUGAAUGUAGAUCCGCAUGGGCUACUGCUACUCUGUCUCUUCAAAUAACCCAGCGGAAUCAUAAAAUAAGGAUCCCAGGAUGGUCUUAGUGCAUGUCGGAUAUCUGGUUCUUCCUGUAUUCGGCUCAGUGAGAAACAGAGUAUGGAGGCUGGCUCUACAUUCUGCAUUUAUCAGAUCUUUGUCGUCCCCCCCAUUGUGUAGCUAAUGAUCAUCUGCUGCUGUGUGGUGUGGCCUCUGCCUGUUCUCUGCAUUUAGCUGUAUUGUGACUCCCUUCUUCAUUUCCUCUUUCCAUCAGAAGACGGCAUUGGUAUUAAAAAGCACCCCCCCCCCCUCCCAGUAUGUAUUCAGUCAUAGACUUUCCAUGUUAAGACUAAAACAAGAGCUAACACCUAGCUCAGAGCACCUUUUUUGUCUUUUUUUCUGUCAAAUUGCUGUAGCACUAAGUAAACAUUUUAGCUCCUUUUUUAAUUUUUAGAAAUCGGUUGAAUGUCAUUGUGUACUUCCCAUCCAGUCUUGAUAGACGACAUGCUGUAAAUUCCUGUAAAGUGGAUACAUUUUGCAUGCUCUUAAAUACCGCACUGCAUUGUUGAACACCAGAAUUCGGCUCAUCUUCCUUCUCUUCACACAAGGUGCAAUGUACGUGAUUAAAGUGACCUACAAUUUUUUUUUUAAGCAUUCAAUUUGGAAUCAUGCAUGCCGUUUUUAUUGUUAAAACUGCAUUCCAGCAAAUUCUGCCAUGUGAUCACUUCCAAUUGGUUUGAAGUACACUGCACCUGCACACUACAACCUGCCAUAACUGUCUCCAUUUUUGUGUAUUCCCUUUGUUCCCUUUGCAAAUUCUGAGCUUUGAAUCACACUGAAUUGUCAGGGCUGCUUGCUCCUUACGGGCAAAUGAAACUAAAAAGAUUUACGGAAGCAAAACAUGUUCACUGGUGGUUCAUCACUUUCCAAUUUCCCCCACUAACAUAAGGCCAAAAUGCUAUCCAUUUCACAGGGAUGCCUAUUUUUCCUGCACUGCUAAAGAGAUCCUCUAUUAGUAAUACCGUCUUUAUUGUUUGGUUGUGGUCUCUCUUUACCUUUUGUUCUGGUUAUAGUACUUUCAAUGCAUGAUCACAUUUAUGAUUCAUAAUUUGUUUUUGUUUUCCUACAUUGACUAGUGAAAAUCCAAUGUAAUCUUUCUGUAGUAAAGAUGUACCCUGCUGUACUGAAAUCAUGUGCUGUAGCCAACACGUCUGCUCAUUGGAUGCUGCUUUUGUUCUUUUUAACCCUAUAUGGAGCAUGGUGGGCCUUGCCUUCAGUCUAUGUUGUUUAUUUUUGUUGCAUGGAUUUAUACUAUUACAAACAAACAAGAAAAAAAACAAAUUCCACAUUUACUAAUAUUUUUCAAUAAAGAAUAUAGUGUUUUUCCUAACCUUCAGUGUGCUUCUUGCUGAUUUCCAUUUAUUGUCCUCCCUCUCCCUUGUCCCUACCUGCCCCCCUCCACCUCCCCCCCACCUCCUCGCCCGCUGUGACAAAGAUAGACAAUUUCCACGCUUCCUCCAUCACAGGGCCCGAAUGAGUCUAUCUGCUGUCGUUCAUGGUGAUCGUUUCACUGAGACGCUUGAAAACGCCGUGUUAGAGUCAAGACGUGAGCCUUUGACCCACAAGCAGCAAGGUCGUCGCUUGUCUGCCCGGCAACACUGACGACCUGAAACAAUUGCUGGAAGGUCAUACUGCUUAUCUUAAGCUGGGUGUGUUUUUAAAUCUCAUACUGCGAUUUUCAAGCGUACUCUUUAAGUAAAUGCAAUGUAGACUGCCUAUUUCUUCAUGAUUUUUUAAAAGUGUUUUCACUGUUUACAUAAGAAAUCGCCACCUCUCUUUUUACACUAUUCAGCUCAAACCGGGCUGGAAUUUUACUUCACAAUUCCGAUGUCUAAACUGUAAAUUCACUCCUUGAGUUUCUGCCAGAUGGACCUAACGGAGCGCAAUGAAUCCUGCCGCUCCACUGCAGACCAAUCACGGCUCCUUUUUAGCCAGGAAUUCCUCAAAAGUUCUAAAAAGCUACUUUAUUAUUGCAAUUUCUCACUCCGUGCAUAAUAGGAAAAGUGUUUUUAGCGGAGCGCAUCAUUAAAACCACAUUGCACAAGUUCGUCUGUAUUUUUCUCCCCGAGUCCACAGCGGUCCGCUCGCUGCAGUUGCCAAAUAGCUGUGGUUGGAGAGGGUUUAAAAGGCAUUUAAGCUAUUUCCUCUCAACUCCUGGAUGUUUGUAUGAGAGACUGAGUAGGGCUACGCUGUAUGUGUGUUUAAGUAAAACAUUGACUGUAUUAGUCUUUAGUGCUAUAAAGAUAGAGACGUGGCUCCCUGAACAGUUUGCGUGUCUUAUAGAUCGGUUUUACUCGACUGCACUGACCCACUGUCGGCCGCAGAAUUUACAAGAACCGAGCCGCGCUGAAGACCAAAUACUGGCAGAUCUCAUCUGUUCUGAUCCCGUUCGCUUGUCUGAAUCAGAAGACCGGGAGUCGGAGGUCGGAAAUGAAAGCUUGCGUAUUGUGUGCAGAACCAAACAUCUGGUUGUCAUGUUCAUGGUACUUGUGGUAACCGUCAUUUCCCCACCCCCACAGAAGUAUUUUUCACCCUAGGUAAGAGGUAGGGCUUCAUUAACAUGCUAUAUCACACACACACACACACAUGCACUCAGUGACAUUUCACCCACAAUUAAUUCCAUCUGAUCUCUCCAUUCAGGUGCCUUAUAACUUCUCCUUAUCCUCCACAGGAUCUCAUUUCAACCGGCAGCAGCAGCAGCAGCAGCACAGCCAUGCUACCUCUUGCCGGCACUUCCAGUUAGGUCCUCAGGCCCCGCUGCCCAUGGACUUCCCCAUGCCCCACCCAGGGCAGCCACAGUCAGGCAUAAACCCCCACCUGGCCCCUCCCGGCCACCAGCAUGGCCCUCCGCUCCACCCGCCCCUCAGCCCCCUGCCAGCUCCCCAGUUCCAGGACAUCCCCGCCCCUUCCUUCCUACCUCAGGCAUUACACCAGCAAUACCUCCUCCAGCAGCAGAUCCUUGAGGCCCAGCACCGACACGUCCUGCCACCCUCCAGUAGACGCACCCCAGAGAGAGUUCCUCACCAGCCCCACAGACUGCGGCCCAGCUAUGAGUUUGCUCCCCCUCUUCAUGUCCCUCCUCAGCCUGUGGUGCAGCAGCCCCGCUACCUGGCUGAGGGCACAGACUGGGAUCUAAGUGUAGAUGCUGGGAUGCCCCCCCCCCAGUAUCACAUCCACCCGCUGCCGCAGCACUAUCAGCACUACUUGACCUCUCCCAGGAUGCACCAUUUCCCUCGAAACAAUGCCUCGACGCAAGUGGUAGUCCACGAGAUCAGAAACUACCCAUAUCCCCAGCUGCACUUGCUGGCUCUGCAGAGUCUCAACCCCUCCCGCCACGCGUCGGCUGUUAGGGAGAGCUACGAGGAGCUUUUGCAGCUGGAGGACAGGCUGGGCAGUGUGAACCGGGGAGCGGUCCAAACCACCAUAGAGAGAUACACCUUCCCCCAUAAGUACAAGAAGAGAACUCCGCAGGACCUGAAGAUGUGUCUGGAGGAUGAGGACCUGGACACCGAUGAGAAGUGCACCAUAUGUCUGUCAAUGCUGGAGGAUGCAGAGGACGUCAGGAGAUUACCCUGCAUGCACCUCUUCCACCAGGCGUGUGUGGACCAGUGGCUGGCCACCAGCAGGAAGUGCCCCAUCUGCAGAGUGGACAUUGACACCCAACUGACCCCCGACAGUUGAUAGCUCCUGUCGACUCCCGCAGCUUUCGAUCUGGUCUCGUUAAUUCUUCACCGCGUCCCUCCGGGGGAAGCUCUGCCAAACGCCCCUCUCUUCCACUCUGCAUCACUCAGCGAGCCGGCCUUCUGAGACGGCUGUGACGGAGGGAUCAACAAAGCACACUCGCCGACAACACAACGAGGGAUGGGGGUGGGGGGGGGUUGAUGCAUAGAUAGGUGGCUGGACGGAAGGUUGGAAGGUUGGUUUGAAUGGACUUGCUGGAUGUACAAGGUAGGAGGAGUGGAUGAGUAUGGACAGAUGUGCUGAGGCUUCACACGCACAUCAUCGAUCAGAUUGUGUGCCAUUUUCCAUACAGCCAUCACGAGAGGACACUGACUUCCAACCUCCCCAGCUCAGUGUGGCGUAUUAAGCCCAUUUCUCUGCCACUACAUCUAAACCCCACCCCCGGCCCUGGCCUGUGAAAAAAAUCCUUUAAGCUGCACUUUGCCCUCAGCACAUCUGUACAGAACAUAAUCAAAUGAUUAGCAUGAGGUUGUUUGGUGUGAACUCUCGUAACUGAACGCUUGUGGUGUCAUGGAGUAUAGUACUGAAUAAGUAUUUACAGAGUAACACUGUUGUGUAGCAAGCAAAAGCCUUUCAAGAAAUAUGUUUGUGGGGGGGGGAAAAAAACCUACAGAGGUGAACGGCUCAAACGAGAGAAAUCAGCGUGAUAAUUAAUCAUAAACAAGAGCUAGUUGUGUUAAAUUUUUUUUUAAAAGAGGCACAAAUUCACCUUGUCUAACAUGGUUUGGGAUUUGCAGUUAGAUGCCAUCAGAGUUGAUGCAAAAGCCACUAACUGCAGGCAUGGCUUCCAGUGAUCUGUGUCGUGUUGUAGCCGGGCCUCUAUUACCUAGAGCAGAGGCCUCAGAUGUGCAUGUGUGGCAGGCUUGGGCUGUGUCGUUAAUAUUGUGGAGCAGUAGAAACAGGGACUGUGUGUCUGUGCAUGUGAACCGUAUACUAUGACUCUGACGAUCCCACUCAUUCAUAGAGGAAAAGAAUGCACCUAAUCCGCCUCCCUACAGCCCCCUCCCUCUGAUCCCGAGUCGACCAAGUUGCCCGUAGACACCGAUUCUAGACCAACGUAGCAUUUCUCUCCUGACGUCGGAGGUCAGGACUCAAAGAGCUGCCAGCGGAUCCGUGUCUAACUGCAACUCCUCUCUGUUGCCUCGCUCACGGCACGAUCACAUGACCGGCAAGGGCUCGAGGACGCGGUGCCCGAGGGCUCGCCAUCAGAGUGAAAUCAAACCUGACAUCCGUGUUUCCUACUACCAGAACCUUAUUGCCUAUCAAACAAGCACAUGUGAUUUCUAAAUACAGGGAAUCGCCUCUGUUGUUUAUCGGCUCCUUUUCAUUUCAAAUAUAAGUUGCACUGUUAUGCUUAAACGACUGUCUGGUGUCACAGGGGGAAUACAAACUAGUUUGCCUGUGAUAUGUGCUAGAAUGUGUAUGAUUGCCCCCCCCCCCUCCCCGAUGGUCGUGGUGUCUGGUAUUGCUAGAACUACUGUGAUGCGUUCAGUGAUAGAAGCCGUGUUUCUCCAUAUCAUGCAUGAACCAUGUCGGCGGAGUUCACUUGAAAGGAGGGCGAAUGGGAGAAAAAGCCAUCCAUUUGAAAAAUACCAAACAAUUGUUCUUAACAUAAAUUUAAUUUUCAAUUGUCUUUUUCUGCCAUUUUUCUUUUUUUCCUUUCCUUUUUUUGUUGUUGCUCACAUGCCAAUUUGGACGUGGUACUAAUAUGCCGAGUCCGUGUCCAUUUUAACCAUCGUGAAGAAAAAGCUGCAAUGCUGCAAAAACAUAUUUAUUGUUGUUAUAAUGUAGCUUGUGUUUUGUGAAUGCACUAUAAUAUGGAGUUGCCUGUUUUCUUUUGGUUUGGUGGUGUGGGUUCUUGUCCUACAUUUUGUGUUUCUAUUGAGUUCAAAGUAUUUUCAUGCUUCCUUGUGUAUUAUCGGAGGGUAACUUGACUGUGUUGCGUUUGAUUUUUUCUUUUCGUAUGAAAACCUCCAUCCAAAAAACUACAGAUGGAUGAAAAUGGAGGUUUUGCUAGUUCACAUAGAAUGCUGUGAUUAAAGAUGCCUUAAGUAUUUAACAAUCAUUAUUUAUUACUAACUGUAGCUAGCUAGCUAUUGUGGUGGAAUAUUUAAUGUCUAUCUCAUAACUUUGCAAUUUAAUCAAUAUAUUUAUUUAAAAUAACACAAAAUAUUUAAAAAAAGAAUACCUCAUUAUGCAUUGGUCGGUGGGGAUGCUCUUGCAUGCCGUCUGUGUUUUCUUUUUCAAAGGAAGAAAAAAGAAACAGGUUUAAAAAUGGACUUUGGGGUGUUUUCCAAACACGUAUUCUAGCCAGCACGGUGCUGUUGAUCUGGAUUACAUUCCAUUCAUGUCACCUCUUGAUUUUACUCUUAAAUCUGUUCCUUUAUUAAACAUCACUCCUGCUUUGAUCUGAAGCAACUGACUGGGUACAGCCUGUUUUUGGCUUCGUGUGACUCCACCAUUCGCUUGCUUUUGUUCUCUGGUACUGCUUCGUCUCCCAUAAUCGGUCACGUUCGAUUUCAUUUUAUGACAUUUUGUUUUGAUCGUGUUCACGAUAUUAUCACAAUCAUAUCUGGAUCUCAAUUUUUGCGCUUUAUCAUUUUAGCAAAAUAGAACCCACAUAAUGAGCUCUAUUAUGCUGUCCUUAUGUAUUGCUGGCGGUUGCUUUGUGUGGGGUUUUGGGAAGUAUCUAACAUGCUAACUUGAGCCAUUAGUCUUAUUGAGAACAUUUCUGGUGUACUGUGGUUAUACAAUAUAGAUAGCGUGUGUUACACCUGGGUAUAAUAAGCUAACUACGUUUUUUCGGUGUGCAUUUCCUAUUAAUAAUCUAAUAAUCCUGCAAAAAUAAUAUAACAUGUAUUGGAUUGGAACAAGCUGGCUGGUUUUAUUAUGAUUUCCUUUCGUGCUCUCACUGGCCUUACCCCACCCACAGUGUACCCCAUCACUCCAGAGUGAACUGGACAGUAGCCAUAGUAUUAACUCAAGCUGAUGAACCGGAAUGAACAGUAGAACUUAAAGCACAAGCUUUUUAAUGCAUGUCCUUCUCAGGUUUUCCUAUGUGUAUGUGGGAGUAGCUCUGUAGAUGUGUUUAUUAUGAUGCUGUACCUUCUUGAAUAUUUCCGAUGUUUCUUUGCUGCUGAAAAAAAAUGUUGAUUAUUAACCUGCCAGUGAAAAAGGGAAGUGGCCAUCUUUGUACAACACACUGCUGUUUUGCUGUAACCGCGCAAUGUUUUAUGAUCUUGAGUAUUUUAUAGAAAAGUAGAAGUAUGUAUCAAUAAUAUGAAAGCAAUAGCUAAAUCAUAAUGAAGAAUAACAUGAUCAGUGAAUAUUGUGGAAAAUCUUUAGAUUCACUCUGGGUGGAUUUUGUACUGUAUUUAUUACUAAUGAUGCAAAAAGUUGCAUAGCUUAACCCAAACUGUUCUGUCUCUUUUUUAUUUAUUGUCUUGUAUAUGAUCUUUUUGUAUGUUUUUCAAAUAAACUGCCUAAAAUGCUGACAACUAA